GUUGACAACACGAGUCUCACCUUGUAAACCCAGUUGGACGCGAAGACAUCAGCUGCGACAAAACUGACCUGACAUGCCAAAAUAUUGUUCGGUCCCAAGCUGUAAGAAUGACUCCGGCAGCGGCAACGACAGGAAAAGCUUCUACAAGUUCCCUCUGCAAGACACGGUCCGGCUGCAGCAGUGGCUGAAGAACAUGGGACGUGAGAACUGGACUCCUUCUCGACACCAGUAUAUUUGCCAUGAACACUUUGCACCUUCGUGCUUCAAGGUGCGAUGGGGCAUCCGUUACCUUGAGAGCGAUGCUGUGCCCACAGUCUUCCAGGAGGCCGAGAAACGAAAGGCUGCUGAUCACAGUGAAAGGAAGCCAAAACGCCUUCGAGCUAACAGUAAUGAAAGCUUAACAGUGUCGGAUGACGGGUCGGUGGCUGUUGACGCUGUGGAGAUGGAAAGUACGUUGCACACGGUACACCUGUAUGGGAUCACUGUCGACCCAUCGCAGCAGGGAGAAACCAGCCUGACAGAGUCGAGUGCCGUUGGAGAAUCUGGCUUUUCUCUGCAGACAGACCUGAACCCGUCACCAUCACUGGAUGGAUUCAAAACGGGAGCAAAUUUCCCUUUAACGUUAUUCGAAACAGUAAAUCAUCUCAGAAACAGUGGCGAGAACGCAGAAGUGGUAGUGAUGUCUGAAUGUCCUGCUGGUGAAGGGCAAGAUGAGCUUGUGAAUGGAAUCACUGCUGCCAUUUUGACUCAAGGCCAUGGCCUGGUCAUGAAUGACUCCACUACGGAUGAGGCUGUGGCCUCUCUCUGUGUUGAAGAUGUGACGUGUACCACAGAGGAAUUCUCAGACGUCCAAGAAAGCCAUGAAACACAAGUCAUCGCCUACUUCGAGACGAUUCCAAAUGUUUUCCCCAGUGAAACCUCUGCCCAGUUCACCUUCUCCCCAGAUACAGUGCUGUCGUCCGCUCUCAGCUCCAAACCCAUAACAUCUACUCUGCCUAUAGUGUCCAAACAUGUGCCACCUUCCCCCACAUCCCUGGUCCUCACUGUGGAAAGACUGGACACAGACGAGGGAGAGGGAGACGACGGCCAGUCAGAGGAGGACGGCAUAGAACGGCAGGAUCACCAGCUGGAGGAGCACUGCUACCAUAAGAACAGUCUGAGCAAAGAGCAGCUGGAGGCGAUUGUGGCUGAGCUGCAGAAGAAGGUCAAAGUGCUGCAGCAGCGACACCGCCGACACCUGGAGAAGCUUCUGGGACUGGAGAACACAGUCAGCCAGCUAAGACAAAGCAACCUGCUGAAUGAAGAGCGCCUCCAGCUGCUUGAGAGGGCUUACAUACAGACCAGUGCAGCAGUGUCAGAUGCUGGUGAGACUGUGGCUAUCAUCUAUGAAGAGGACGAUGCUGCAUACUUGUAUACUCCACUGACCAAUGCAGACGAAAAGCUGUGACACUCGACUGACUGCAGAUUUCCCCUCUGUGUGUCCGUCUGCUGCCCACUGUGCCAAAAAGUGACAUGGCUAACGCUAUUGAAAACAAGUGCUACCUAAUUGUGUGUGUUUUCCUUUUGGUGUCUUUUAGAUCUGCUGUGAUUUUUGCACAAAUGUGGAUGAGUAUAUAUGGGACAACGUUGAA